UGACAGCCUGGUUACCUCACAAUUCAGCCUGUCACCAGCAGGCUCUCUCUCACUCUCUUACUCUCUCUCUCUCUCUCUCUCUCCUCUUGUCAUCGGCUCUACCUGGAGACUGGCAUCAUGAGUAUUCGCGUUAUGGCUGUUCUUCUCCUCUGCGCCAUCGCUUGGCACACCUGUGAAGGGGGCCGGGGGGACGAUGGUGCAUUUGACUGCUGUCUGGAUGUCAGUCACAAAAUGAUUCCCAGGCGAAUCGUGGCAGCUUGCAAGGUGCAAGAUGCCUCAAUGGGAUGCCGUAUCUCUGCAGUGAUAAUCACCACGGUGAAGAACAGGAAACUGUGUGCUCCACUGGGCCCGCAAUGGGUGAAAAGAUUACUCAAGAGAUGCGAAAGGCAAAAACAGUUGCUAGCAUAAUGACCUCAACAACAGACAAUCAAGGUUGAAGUGAAAUACUGUGGAAGUACCGUGACUCCCGACUGGGACUCUUCGUAGUCUGCAGCAUCUUUCGGCUUUCUCCUGCUUUACUUAAUGACAAACUCUAUCAGGCAAUCCCAGACUAAUGUGAAACUUUCUUCAAGUGGUAAAUGUACCCCUGAGCCACUUGCAGUUUUAUAUUCAGUUGUCAGAGAUGUGCAUCACUUCAUCUUUAUCACAUUUUGCAACACUGCUUUUAACCCAUUAGAGGCCACAAAAAUCUGACAUAGUCACACUGAAAUCAGCACAAUUAAGGGACAGUGUAAACAGAAUGGUACUUUUAUUCUAACCCUUGUGGUCCUGUUUUUGAAAUUUCCCCCCUCACUCGUAACUUCUGAGUGCAAAUAACCAUUUCUUAUUUUCUUUGCACGGAAGACAUCAGUUGCAUUGACUGAGCCAGCAUUUAUUGCCUCAUCACUAACUGCCCCUUGAGCCAGUAGUGGUGAGCUGAGCUGAACUCAUCCCCAGUGUCACACUGACUGAUGGUGAAGUGAGCUGCUUCUAUCAGCAGAGGUAAUGGGAACUGCAGAUGCUGGAGAAUCCAAGACAACUUUGCUUCUAUCAGCAGAUGGUGGAGUAUCUGGUUCCCAAUGGGAUUGGUGUUCGUGGAGUGACACUGAGGUGAUCCUUGGAGCACAAUGUGCUUCAAAGAGGAGGGCAUUUUUUUCACUGAGGACAUGCAAUAAAAGGAGGGUGUGAAUUAAUCUUGCUGAAAGACUCUUCAGCAAUCAGGAAAAGCAUAGCAUGAUUAAAGGGAGUCAGCAUGGCUUUGUGAGGGCCAGGUCAUGCCUUACAAAUCUUAUUGAGUUCUUUGAUGAAGUCACGAGACAGAUUGACGAGGGUCGAGCAGUGGAUGUGGUGUACAUGGACUUCAGCAAGGCAUUUGAUAAGGUUCCCCACGGCAGGCUCAUUCAUAAAGUCAGGAGGUAUGGGAUACAGGGUGAUUUGGCUGUCUGGAUUCAGAAUUGGUUGGCUGGCAGGAGCAGAGAGUGGUUGUAGAUGGUAAGUAUUCUGCCUGGAGGUCAAUGCUGAGCGGUGUCCCUCAGGGCUCUGUUCUUGGACCUCUGCUCUUUCUAGUUUUUAUAAAUGACUUGGAUGAGGAGGUUGAGGGCUAGGUUAGUAUGUUUGCUGAUGACAAAGGUUGGAGGUGCCGUUGAUAGUAUCGAAGGCUAUUGCAGGCUUCAGCAAGACAUUGACAGUAUGCAGAGCUGGGCUGAGAAACGGCAGAUGGAGUUCAACCUGGAUAAAUGUGAAGUGAUGCAUUUUGGAAGGUCGAACUUAAAUGCUGAAUAUAGAAUUAAAGGCAGGAUUCUGGGCAGUGUGGAGGAACAGCGGGAUCUUGGUGUUCAAGUGCAUAGCUCCCUCAAAGUUUCCACCCAAGUGGAUAAGGUUGUUAAGAAAGCAUAUGGUGCUUUGGCUUUCAUUAACAGGGGGAUUGAGUUUAAGAACCGCGGGGUUAUGCUGCAGCUCUACAAAACCCUGGUGAGACCACACUUGGAAUAUUGUGUCCAGUUCUGGUCGCCCUAUUAUAGGAAAGAUGGGGAGGCUUUGAAGAGUCGAUAGCCAGGGACUUUUCCCCAGGGCAGGAUUGACUGCCACGAGGGGUCAUAGUUUUAAGGUGUUAGGAGGAAGGUAUAGAGGAGACGUCAGAGGGAGGUUCUUCACCCAGAGAGUUGUGAGCUCAUGGAAUAGUUUACCAGUGGUAGUCGUGGAAGCGGAAUUAUUAGUGACAUUUAAGCGACUGCUGGACAUGCACAUGGACAGCAGUGAAUUGAGGGAAAUGUAGGUAAGGUUAUUUUAAUUUUGGAUUCGGAUUAUUCCACGGCACAACAUCGUGGGCCGAAGGGCCUGUACUGUGCUGUACUGUUCUAUGUUCUAUGUUCUAAUCAGGAUUCAAUUUGGAAGCGCAUAAAAUGGAGUCAGUACUCGAGACAAAAGCAUGUCAAGAUAUACAGCAGAACCUAUAGCCUGGAUAGCUCUGUUGGUUGAGCGUCAGACUUUUAAACUGAGGGUCCAGGGUUCAAGUCCCUGUCCAGGUAUUUGGUUUGCCAGCACCUUUGAUGAGAGUAGCUCUCUAAAGCAAGUGCCAUUUCUCAGGUCAGUUAAGGAUAGGUAACUCUUAUUAGCAAUAUCAAUUUUCUGGGAGCACAAUGGUAAUGGAAAUUCAGGUCGAGUUGAUAUCAUGCCAGAUAAAUAUCUCAGUGGUGUUUUCGUAUCCUAAUCAUUUUCAUUUAUUAAGGUACAGUAUUAUGAAGUGAUGCACAGCCUCGCAGCUAAUUAUCUGUAAACAUUGUGCUUAUUGAAUAAAUAUCCUGAUUCCUCAAUAUCGAAU